CGCGGCCCCGAUUCCCGUCGUUCCCCGGCUCGGCGGCGCGCGUGCGGAGUCAUGUCCAGCCUGUUGGAGAACCCGGUCCAGGCGGUGCUCUACCUGAAGGAGCUGACCACCAUCGUGCAGAACCAGCAGGGCCUCAUUCAGACCCAGCGGCGACGCAUCGACACGCUCGAGCGCAAGCUGAAGGAGCUGGCUGGAGAAAACCGGCGGCUCCAGCUGCAGGACGCGACACACCGGCACGCGCCGCGGCCUCACCCUCACCCUCACGCGCCCCCUCGCGCCUCCUCCGCUCUGUCCGGCAGGGACGGGACGCCCCCUCCCCUGCGGACACCGGCCAUUCACACCGAGCGCCACUCACCGCAAGACAUGCAGCUGGUCCCCGCCGUGCCCAGCGGUGCCAACACGGACUCGGCUACGGAGGACACGGACGCGGACGCGCGCUGCCGGUCCCUGGUGCCCCAGAUGUCCCAGAUGUCCACCGCGCUCUGCCGGACCGGCCCGAGGAAUUCCGAGAGCCAGACUGUCCUGCACCAGUUCUGCUGCCCCGCCCCUGAAGCUCCUGAAGGCGAUCCCAUUGGCUGUUCAAGCAGGUCAGUCCAUCCAGUUGGAGGAGAGGAAAAGAAAGAUGAGAAGAACGUUGCUCGGUUGAGCCCUACGUCCUGUCCACAUACCCCAGACUACGACCUGUCUCCUGAUCUCAAACAAAAACAGAUCGAGGAUUUGGAGCAGAAGUACGGCGGAGCGCUCAUCUCCCGCCGUGCUGCCUGUAAAAUCCAGACAGCGUUCCGUCAGUACCAGCUUAGCAAGAACUUCCAGAAGAUCCGCAACUCGGUCCUGGAGAGCGGCGUUCCUCGACGCAUGUCUGUGCGCAGGGUGCGGGUGCAGAGAGAUGGAUUCUCUGCUGAGCGGGCGCUGAUGGAGGGAUGUUCUCUAAUGGGCAUCCCGCUCACACACUCCAGCACGAUGCCCACAGGUGCCACUACCACGCUCACAAACCUGGAGGACACCUUCAGCGAACAGGUCCAGAGUUUAGCCCGCUCCAUAGAUGAGGCCUUGAGCAGCUGGACUUCUCUCCAUGAUGAAGAGGGGGCCGGGUCUACAGUGACCACGCCCUCCGGAACAGCUCCAGAGGGCCUGCUCAUGGACCCCAGUGCCCUUCAGGAGGCCACGCAUAACGCCUCUGAGGGCAUUCCUCGCAGCGCCAGCAAACUCAUGAUGGCCUUCAGAGACGUGACGGUGCAGAUCGACAACCACAACUUCCGCCUGUCCUCCUCUGUGGUCGAGUCCGUUUCCCUGGGCAACGGCAUCUCCAAGGAAACUGACACAAAGCCUCAGGCAGGGGUGCAGAUCGGGGGUCAAUCAGAAUCAUCCGCCACAGCCGAGUCUGACUUCCCAGCCCCGCCUUCUAGCGAGGAGAUAGCGCUGGAUCAUCGUGCGCCCGGUGACGAAGCAGAAUCUGCUCAUCCGGUCUGGGAGAAGCCGCUGACUAAUCAGAGUGUGUCUGAGAACAGCUCCGAGCCAAUCAGCAGCAGCAGCACGUCGACCUCGGCGGGCGAGAACAUGAUCAUGUCCUUACCGCGCACGCACUGCCCAGACACUCACUGUGGGACGCUGUCCACAGACGUAGCACGCAAGCGUCUCUACCGAAUCGGACUCAACCUGUUUAACAUAAACCCAGAUAAAGGCAUCCAGUUCCUGAUCUCGCGAGGUUUCAUCCCAGACACAGCCAUUGGUGUCGCUCACUUCCUGCUGCAGAGGAAAGGCUUGAGCCGGCAGAUGAUUGGAGAGUUUCUUGGGAACAACAAGAGACAGUUCAACAGAGAUGUUCUUGACUGUGUGGUGGAUGAGAUGGAUUUCUCCUUGCUGGAGCUGGACGAGGCUCUGCGGAAGUUCCAGGCUCACGUGCGUGUUCAGGGAGAGGCUCAGAAAGUCGAGAGGCUCAUCGAGGCGUUCAGUCAGAGAUACUGUAUGUGUAACCCCGAUGUGGUACAGCAGUUCCACAACCCAGAAACCAUCUUCAUCCUGGCCUUCGCCAUCGUCCUGCUCAACACUGACAUGUACAGCCCUAACAUCAAACCCGAGCGCAAGAUGCUCCUCGAGGACUUCAUACGGAACCUCCGAGGGGUAGACGACGGAGCGGACAUUCCGCGGGAGAUGGUGACUGGCAUAUAUGAGCGCAUCCAACAGCGCGAGCUCCGCUCCAACGAGGACCAUGUGACCUACGUCACCAGGGUGGAGCAGAACAUUCAGGGAAUGAAGACGAUCCUGUCUGUGCCUCAUCGGAGGCUGGUGUGCUGCAGUCGUCUUUAUGAAGUCAGCGACGUGAACAAGCCACAGAAACAAGCAGCCCAUCAGAGGGAGGUGUUCCUGUUUAAUGACCUUCUCGUGAUCCUGAAGUUGUGUCCUAAGAAGAAGGCAGCAGCGACAUACGUGUUCUGUAAAGCCAUGGGCCUGCUAGGGAUGCAGUUCCACAUGUUUGAAAAUGAGUACUACCCUCAUGGUAUCACCAUCUUGUCUCCGUUCUCGUCGGAGAAGAAGCAGGUGGUGAGUUUCUGCUCGCAGAGUUCUGAGGAGCUGCUAAAGUUCGUGGAGGAUCUUCGAGAGAGCAUCGCCGAAGUGGCUGAAAUGGAACAGAUUCGUAUCGAAUGGGAACUAGAGAGGCAGCAGACAGUGAGACCAAACGCUCAAAACAAUGGCAGCCAGCUGGACAUGCAUUCGAGACCGAUAUCUCCUGCAGGAGACCAUGAUUUUUACGACAAGACCGGAAGCAAUGCAGUCGAGGUGUCAAUUCACAACAGGCUCCGAACGUACCAGGUCAGCACUCCGCCGGCUCCGCCCACUUCCCAGCCUCAGCUGGCCAUCAUGCCUAGCCCGGCUUCUAGCUCCACCCCCAGCUCCGCCAUUAACAUCUCCCCUGAUACGCUCAUCCAGUGCCAGCAGAUCGUCAAGGUGAUCGUCGUGGACUCGGCAGGCCGCGGGCACGUGGAAGCGUUCCUGAACCAAAACCCCGGACAGCGUCUGAUCCAGUCGGCCGUCUCGACUCCAACACGCACGAGGGAAGGCGGAGCAAAGCAACCGCCCCUGCCACCUCCACCGCCUCCUUAUCACCACAAACACCAAUUCUGCCCUCCAACUCCGCCACCUUCGCAACACAUGCUCAGUCAGCGUAGGUAUUCAAGUGGGACACGCAGUCUAGUCUGAGUGCGCGUACACACACACACACACACACACACGCACAAACAUAAAAGCGUAUCAGUUCCUGUUGUACCUUUUCUAUUCAAAACCGUACAGCGUUAAUAUAUUCUUUUCUUUCUGACAGAACACACACACAGAUAAACACCCACACACACCUUUUUUACUCUAACACCUGCUCAGUCCUAUAUAAAUAACCACGUCUCACAAUCUGGGCCUCGUGUCCUCUAAAUGAGUAUUUUAGAUACAGAGUAGUUAGUUUUGUCAGAUGUUCUUUUCCCUGUAAUUUUAUCUCUUAAAAAGUUUAUAGAGCGAUUUCCACAGAGCUGCCACGUUAGCACCCGACUUUCUUACAACGUUUAAUGUACAGCGUGAUGACAUUAGCAGUGUUGGUGUUGGUCCAGGGGUUCGGCGUGGCUUAGAUUAGAGUUACGCGAGGGUGAACAUGAUCUCCAGUUCUUUAUUAAACAGGGUGUCCACAGGCUCCUAAAUGACAUUUUACAAUUGAGCAGGCAUUGUCUGUAUUAAGAGGUUUACAAUUAACUCUGUUUUAGACUUCCAUUCACACCGACACCCAUCAUUUUAAAUGUUACACUGAAUAAAAUAGAAAACCUAAAACAAAUACUGAUGUAUGCCCAAAGGAACUACAUUAUAUGGACAAAGGUAUUGGCCAAACCUAAUUAUUGAAUUCAGGUGUUUCAAUCAGGACCCUUAUCCCCAGUGAAGGGCAAUCCUAAUGCUACAGCAUACCAAAACAUUUUAGACAAUGAUACUGUAUGCAUCCAACUUAGUGGCAACAGUUUGGGGAAGACCCUUUUCUAUUCCAACAUGACUGAACCCUAGUGCACAAAGCAAGGACUAUAAAGACAUGGUUUGACGAGUUCGAUGUGGAAGAACUUGACCGGCCCCAACACAGAGCCCUGACUUCAACCCCAUCGAACACCUUUGGGAACUGAAACGGUGAUUGUGGGCCAGGCCUUCACGUUCCAACAUCAGUGCCUGACCUCGUAAAUGCUCCACAGAAUGAAUAGCCACGAAUUCCCACAGAAACAUUUCAAAAUCUAGUAGACAGCCUUUCAAAAAGAGUGUAAGCCGUAAUAGCUGCUAAAAGUGGUACCGACUCCAUAUUGAAGUGUGUGUAUUUGGAUACAAUGUCACUGCAGGUUUGGUCAAAUACUCUUGUCCAUAUACAUACAGUAGUGUAUGUGCAAACACUUCUUCCUAUUCCUAUCCAUUGCAUCUGCUCUGGGCUGUUAAAUUAAAAAAAUGAUUUGAAUAAUACCUCUCCUGUGAAAGAAUAAGCUGGGGAAGAACUCAUCUUUUAUGUUUGCAGCUGAUCCUUAUUGCAUUAAGAACUGUUGACUGUUGAGUAUUUGCAGACUCCCACAUAAAGUUGGCAUCCUUAAAUUGCAUUUCAUACAUUUUAAAGUUUACUUUAAUUUAAAGUAUUUUUGCACGGUACUGUGUAUAUAUCACAAUUGAAUAAAAAAAAAAAACAUGUUUAGUCCCGAUUAUAAUGAGGCAAACUAACCCCCUUCUGCAUUACUUUAGAAGUCUGAAUAUUGAAUAGUCUUGCAUUACAUGGGAAAUGGCAAUGAAAAAGUCGUUUAAAUAUUUUAAUUAUACCUGUAGACACCCUGAUUAAGGCACGUUCAUAUGGGCUUGUGCAAAGGUCUAACUAUAGUAGUUGCAGUGUUUCAUUGCAGAACUUUAGUUUAAUUUAUGAGACACUGAAUGUUUUUUUUAAAUAUCUUUUCCCAUUCUAACAGGAACAAAAAUCCAAAGGCUACAUUACAGCAGUUCAGGUUAGCAUACUGUAAUAAAACGUUCCACAGGUUAUUUCAUCAUUUGUGUAUUAUACUGUACAUUCUCAUCUUUUAUGGCCCCAACAACUGCAAGGUGCUAGCUGGUAUAGUUACCUUUCUAGUGGCAGUUUUGUAGGGUGCAUAUGUAGUGUUUGAGAUUGCUACUCACUGCAAAUUACUCAGUUAUUUUUUUUCUUUGCCUCUGGGCUUCUGAGAUGAUAAACGUGUUUGUAACCCAUAUAAUUUUUUUUUUCUAAGAAAAAUAAAUUGUUCGUCCUAUGAAUUCUGUGCACAAAUAAAUAGCAUGGCAUAGAGAGUGCAAAGCAGGAAUAUAAGCUUUGCCGAAUAACAUUCAUAACAACAUGGCAGUCAUGGUAAACUUAACACGACAUAAGCCAUUAUAAGUACUUAUUGUGAUG